AUGAGAAUCAGAAAUGCUUUGUUCUGGGCAUUACUCGCCCCGGCUCUGGCCAUGAACUCUGAUAAAUAUGUCGUCCACAAGUCCAAAUUUGAUCCUUCUCGCCAGAUGCGUGUCAAAUCUCAUCCUGAAGGUGCCGUCUGUGACGGGGGUGUCGCAAGCCAUAGCGGUUGGGCCGACUUGGGCAACCAUCACAUGUUCUUCUGGUACUACGAGUCUCGCUCCGCCGCCCCAGAUGCACCCGUGAUGGUCUGGUUCACGGGAGGGCCUGGGGGCUCCAGCCAGGCUUCCGCCUUGGUGGAAAAUGGCGACUGCAAGUUUGAUAGAGAUUCUCAAAAGCCAACUCGCAACCCAUACGGGUGGACUGAGGAGUUCCACAUGGUCUAUAUCGAUCAGCCCGUCGGGGUCGGCUUCUCUUAUCUUGACCACGGAAACACCCCUUCCACCACCGACGAGGCCGCUCCUGACGUGGUUGGAUUCCUUCGCCUUUUUGCGGAAUCGUUCCCUCACCUUGCCAAGAAUCCCCUCCAUCUCGCCGGGGAAUCCUAUGGAGGUCGUUGGAUCCCAGUAUUUGGCGACUGGGUGAACCAGUAUAACAAAGUUGUGGCGGAGGAACAACGUAUCCCGCUCGCCUCGCUGAUUGCCAUAAGUGCCUGGUCGCACCCUAUGGUACAGCUCCCCACCACUUACGAUGUCGCCUGCUGGCCUUUCAAGGGUUACCCGCCUGCUCUGAAUGACACUACCUGCACCGCCAUGGCUGCCGAGUAUGAGAGCUGCAAAACUCUACUAGAUGCCUGUGACUCCAGUCAAGAUGGCAUCAUGUGUGGCGAGGCGGCAAAGCUGUGCCAUAAAGGUAUUCUUGAUUAUCUCUACACCCAGAAAGUCAACAAGUAUGACCGCCGGAUGGUUUGUCCUGCUCCUAGUCAAUGCUAUCCCAUCAUGGACGAGAUGGAAGCCUGGAUGAAUACCGAAGCUAUUUUCGAAGACCUUUUGGAUAUCACCAACCAGACCUCGGGAAAGAAGGGUUCUUACCAAUUCAUGGAUUCCCAGACCUAUCUGAACCUAGUUGCGUCGGGCGACUUGGUUGUGAAUAGUCUGAAGCAUAUCGAGACCAUUCUUCAAGACCGAGUCGUCCCUGUUCUGUAUACGGCGAGUGAUGCAGACAUGAUGGUCAACAUCAAGGGUGUUGGUGAGGCAUUGGAUAACAUGCGCUGGCAUGGCAGGCCCUUCUUCAAAAACGCCCCCUUUGAAGAACUGCCCUUUAAGACCAGUGCUGGUCAUGCCGGAGGAAGGGUUAAGAAGAGUGAAAAGCUCUGGUAUGCCGAGUUGGCCGAAGCGGGCCAUAUGGCACCAUACGACCAGCCAGCGGGGACACUUGAGCUUAUGAAGAUUUGGCUGGCUGGAAUUAACCAUGGCUUGGUAGGAUUGCGCAAGGAUGAUAAGCAAUCUUUUCUUGGUGCGGAUUUAUAG